UAGAGAGAGAGAAAGAGAACGAGAGAGUUAUCCUCGCUGCCCUUGACACCGCUGCCUACUUAAACUCCACGCUUCCUGCUAUCCCCCUGAAUUCGCAUUUCCUGUUCCUUGCGAAUUUUUCUCUUCUUUUGGGGUGUUUCUUUUCUACUUACUUCCGACUCUCCUACCAAUCCCCUUCAGAAACACUUCUGUGUACUACUCUUCUUCAUUCAUCAUGGGUGACAACAACCAAGCUACCACGGGUUUUGACCCUGCCGCCAAUGCUCCCGAUGCUGCUGCUUGGGACAAGGGCAAGGGCAAGGCGACAGACCCCACUCAAGACAUGCGCAUGGACGAUGAUGAGAGUGAUGAGAGCGAGGCCGAAGAAAUGAUCGAUGAUGAUGACGAUGAAGACAAUGACACCCUGGAACCCAUCUCUUCUGAUAACAUCAUCUCUGGUGGCCGCCGUACACGCGGCAAGACCAUUGACUUCCAAGCCGCCGCCGAGAGUUUGAAGGAUGAUGGCAUGGACGAGGACGACGAUGAGGACGACGACUACGUCGGCGCUGGUGAUGACGAUGAGGACAACAAGAUGCAGGAUUAGGUUUCUGGAUCGAGCUACGACAAUACCAACACACAACUUAGGGGCGGCGAGCGCACAUGGGAAUUGGGAUGGAUAGGCGCAGGGUCUGUUUUGAGGGUUUUUUUUCGGUUCCUUCAUGCCGGUUACACUUUCACCUCUUAAUCAUAUUAUGAUGAUUUUCUUUUCCAGGUCUUGGGAUGGAUACGGAUCAUUAUGGUUGCCUAUGCGUUCUUUUCCCUACCAAAGUUUUGCCGAUAAGCACACCCUGGACCUUUUUUCUAUUUGGGCCAGGUUCGGCUGCAACUAUCGCCUCGCAAUUGGGUUCAACUGAGAUAUCACCUCCAUGCCAAAUAUAAUUCAUGAUCUGUGGAGGAGAUCUAUAUGGAAAUAUGCCGAUAAUAAAAAGAAUCCAUGUACAUUGUACAACCA